GUUAGACAGUGUUUAUAUCACUCGGCGUGAUAUGUGUGAUCAGUGUGUCAUCACAAACAAACUGGGAUCAAAUUGCCUAUGGAUAUUGCCCAGCAAAGAUUUUUUACUGUUGCUUCUUAAGAAAAUAUGUGACAAAUACGAGAAGUCUCUGGAUGCGAAAAAGUUAUUACCAGCAAAGGUAUAAAUAUAACUGGCACAAGUCAGAGCAGCAAGUCGGACUGGAAUCUAAAGACAAUAUUGGUCUGGCACUUGCCAAUCGUAUUGACUAUUUCAACCCCCCCCCCCCACACACACACACACACACAUUGCACAGCACUUUGUAAUAAUGACUUAAUGAGUUAAUGACAAAGUGACUUGGGGUGGAUUUUGGUUUAAAUGUGUGAAGUACCCGAGUCAUGGUAAUUGGACAUGUAGGAUAUACAUGUGUUCACUAUUCAUGUAUCCACUUUUUGCUUUCAUUAAGGUUUGUGGGUUGCAACCAAAUUCGGUUCCUCCAGUAUGGGUGUUGAACAAGCACACUCAUUUGACUUUGACAGAUGGUGAUAUUCGAUACCUGUCUGCAGACCAGUCAUAUGUGUUAAAUGGUGAUGGUUUUCCAAGUUACACAUAUAGCGAUAUGAUGAAAGGUUAUCCAUUUUGGGUAGAAAAAACUUGUGUUGCUUACAUGGCCAUAUAAUAUCAAGGUUGUCACAAUUCCUUGACUACAGGACUAAGUUCUUAGAGGCAGUAAUUGUAUAUUUAUCGUUGACCUACACAGUUAAAGUAGAUUGAAAUUUCAAUCUCUUAAGCACCAUUUUCUGUAUUUUGGAUUGCAAAAUGUAGACUUUUGUCUGGCAAAAUAUAACUUUUUCCAAUUUGAUGGCUAUAGCCCCCUUCCUAUACCCUCGGUAUAACAUUCAUGACCCAUCACUAGUAUUUGAAUGCGCAAUGUCAGUAACACAAUGCAUGUUGUCUCAAAUACUUUAUUGUUUGGUAUGUUUUACUUUUAGGAAUGUUAGACCAAGGUCAAAUGUUGAAAUCGCUAAUACAGCAACUGGUCUCUUUCAUUGAUGAUGAUAUUAAUGUAGCUUUGUUGGUUGUUGGGGGAACUGUGAUGUCCUUUCACUAUGAUCUGCUGCACUCGUUAAUCGGAGGUGUGCCAAUAACAAUGGCCAUAGGAGAUCCAGUUUCGGGAAAAUCUACCACUGUAGAAGCCAUGUUGGCUCUUUUUGAUGAACGUGAAUCUGUAGGAGGUUGGUGGAUUAAACCAAACUUAUUUAGAAACAUCUCAAAAUAAUUCUAUUUUGCAAACUCUGCUUGUAUAUAACCAUAUACUACUUUUAUCCAACAUCAGCUGGAACAGGAGCAAAAUUAUUGGAAACUUUAGUGGAUAGAACAAUCCCAAUUUGGUGGGAUGACAUCGACAAUCCACCUGUUCUAGAAAAUUUGACGGUUUUAGUUUUCAAUAAAGUAUGUAUUUGAGUAUAGUAUUUCCUGAAUAUCAAAAGAAUUUUCUUAACACAGUUGUUCUAUGUGAUUGAUUGCAUUUUGAUUUUUUAGUCAAAACAAGUUACACUUGGAUGUGAAAGGGUUGGCAGCACUUUGCCAAUAAUUUCAAUAAAUCAAACCAAAUUAUGGGGUGGUUUCUUGAGAUUAAAGUGGAAAGCAGAAGGUUUUAACAGGUAAAUUGGUCUAUUUAGUUUUGAGAAAGUUAUCUAGAUCUCCCCCAAUGACAGUCAUAGCGAUAAACGAGUUCACCUAAUUUAAAGUAAACCCCGUUUUACAAUAUUCACAAGAACCAUUCCCCUGCCAUUUCGAAUGAAAGCCUCAAAUGUUUCUUUGAGUGAAAGACUUGACAGUCGUUCAGUGAUGGGAAGACUACUAAAGGAGCUGCCAAGAAGCAUUUCAGUCAUUAAAUUACACAAUGACUUCACCAACAUGUCAAAAGACAAGCUAUUCGCCACAAUUGAAGAAAUACUUGUCAUCUACAAUUUGCCAGAUCCACGUUCGCAGAUGAACAUUGCGUAG